AUGACGUCUUCGCACGAUGAACACAUCAUUGAGGAGAUCAGUGAGGAGUACUCGGUCGCGUUCCAGUUCGCCGCCUUCAUGCUCCUGCUAAUGAUCGCCAUUUUCCUGUGCAACCAUGUGACCCACAAGCUGCACUGGCACUUCCUACCUGAAGCUGCCGCCACCAUCGGUGUCGGUAUUCUAGCCAGCAUCUUCUGCUUGCUAAUGAACUCGAGUUCGAUCGCGGUGAAACUCAUGGACUUCGAUCCCAACUUCUUCUUCGUCGGAAUGCUACCCCCGAUUAUCUUUAACUCGGGCUACACCAUGAAGCGCCGCUACUUUUUCGAGAACAUCACGCCGAUCCUUGUCUACUCGAUCUUUGGCACACUUGUCAUGAGCGUCGUCACGGGUAUCGGUAUCUUCACUAUUGGUCGCUUUGGCUGGGUCUUGAGACUAUCGAUGGCCGAGGCUCUCACCUUUGGCUCUUUAAUCUCCGCUACAGACGCCGUUUCCAUCCUGGCUGUGUUUCAGGAGCUCCACGUUGACCCGACACUCUUCUAUCUCGUGUUCGGAGAGAGCUCACUUAACGACGCUGUAGCCAUCUGCCUCUUUGAGACCUUUUCUCGCUUCAUUGGGCACUCGUACGAGUUCAAGCCCAUGCUAUUUGCCAUUUUCGAGUUCGGUUUGGUGCUCACGGGCUCCACGAUGGUCGGAGUCAUUUUUGGCAUGAUUCCAGCACUACUUUUCAAAUAUGGCAACUUGCGAAGUAACCUACUUCACGAAGUAGGUGUCUUCGUCAUGUUUGCUUACUUGCCUUUUGUUGCGUCUGAAGUUCUGGGGCUGUCGGGAGUUGUGUCGGUCAUUUUCGCUGGUGUCUCGAUGAAACACUACGCAUCACCUAACCUGACACCGGAAGCUCGCGACGUGUGCUCUGGAGUGUUCAAUACGCUGUCACACAUGGCUGAAACGUCGGUGUUCUUGAAUCUCGGGCUUUCAGCGUUUGGACUGACGGAGUACUACCGAUUUUGGCUUAUCUUCUGGAUGGCUACCUUCUGCUUGUUCUCUCGAGGUUGUGCGGUUUACUCGCUUUCCUACCUGUUGAAUCUACGCAAGAACGCCGCAAAGAUAACAAUGAAUCAGCAGCAUGUAAUCUGGUACGGCGGCAUGCGUGGUGCCGUCGCCUUUGCGUUAUCCAAAUCUUUUCCUGGUGAUAAACGCCCUGAAAUUGUGGCCACCACGUUGAUCGUUGUGCUGCUAUCAAUUAUCGUCAUGGGCGGCGGCACCGUUGCGGUGCUCGACAAAUGCGGCAUCCCACGAUUGACGGCUGAGGAGGAGGCGGCUCUCGACAAGACGGUGAAGCCUCACCGGCACAUGAGAGCGUUGCAGUUCGAUAACAAGUACUUAAUCCCGUUGCUUACGAAUUUGUGCCAAUACGGCGAUAAUAGCAGUCCACGUAAGGGGGGCUUUGGUCACGAGGGACGCCCCAGCAACGUUGACACGGCUGACGAGCACGAUUCAGCUGAUGGCGAGGACGACGAGGUGGUCGAUGUCAUUCGACGUGAGACGAACAAUCGACACCGUCGCCAGGUUGGGACAUACGCACGCAUCGACCACGACGAGCAGCGCAAGCUGCCCUACAAGUCUUUCGUUGCGUUUGCCUAA